AUGAAGGCUCCCGGGAAGCUAGCUUUAAUUCUCCUUGCUGCCGUGACUUUGUUUGGAUACAGUGCACCCACAGGCGUAAAGGUCUACUGUAGUCUCACAUGGCUGCAAGUCAACCUUAAAGCACUGACAAUUGGCGAUUGGUAUUUGCUUCCUGAUGAAGCGUUUCUGGGAUAUGGAUGUCCUGUAACCAACGUGGAGGAGGAUGUUUACAUGUUUUUAUACCCUACAAGUGACUGUGGCAUCCAAACUCGGUCAGGGCAAAUCAUUGGGUUCUCCAUUUUACCAAAUGUACUACCAGAGCCAUUUCAAAUGCGGGUAAUUGUCGUUAUGUUCCUGUACCGAGAUCCUUCUCUAUCCACGAAGAUGAACGAAGUCAAGGCCCAGAGCAAUGGAGUUGGCUGA